GUUGUUUAUAUCAGUUUCUUUUAAUCAGCAGCAUAUUUGGCGAAUUCAAAUGUGUCCUUGAACGCAUUUCGAGUAAUAACUUUCAGUGGAUGCAGUCAAUAACGUGGCGCCCAUGUUUUGUUUUUCAUUUGUCCGUCCUUACAAUUGGAUUAUUGCUUAAGCGUUCUCUGUUUGAGUCACUUAUCGCAUCAUAUCUUAUAUAUGUUCCUUUUGGAGGAUGGCGGUAUCAGCGCAUAUUCCUAGCGACUGUUUGCAGGGACCUGAUAGGGCUACGAUGCUUAUUUAUGGUACAGUUAAGUACUUAUUGGCUCAUAUGGACAAGGAAAACUUUAGCUGAUAUGUUUAAAUCUACUGUUAGGAGACGAGGAUCGAAUAAAGUUGCUAUUUACUAUGAAGAUCAAGUAUGGACUUUUGGUGCGUUGGAUGCUUAUUCAAAUAAAGUAGCAAAUCAUCUGUUAAAGCAUGGCUUUAAACGGGGUGAUGUUCUACUUCUGUUUAUGAAUUCCUGUCCAUCAUACAUUGGGAUAUGGCUUGGUGCAGCUAAAAUUGGUGUUGCAACAGGUCUCCUAAAUACUAAUCUUUGUAAAGGAUCACUUAUCAACAGUAUUAAAGCACUGAAUGCACGUGGGAUUGUUGUAGGAUCUUUGCUAAACGAAACGUUUGAAAUGGUCAGGGAAUAUGGGGAAUUCUCGUUUGAAUUGAUAUGGAUAGUUGAUGAAAGAAACAGCACUCCAGAAUUCGCUAUUUCAAAUUCAACACCGUCCAAAUAUAGCUGGAAUAUAGCACUUGCUCAGGCUUCACAUUCUGAUCCACCACCACUUCCAAGAACUGAUAAUCACCGUGAACAUUUAAUUUAUGUUUAUACCAGUGGUACCACUGGUUUUCCUAAGCCUGCCAUUAUAACAAAAUUACGAUACACAUUAUUGGCUACUGGUGCCCGCUACUCAUUUGGUAUUAAACACCACGAUAUCAUAUAUAAUCCUCUCCCGUUAUAUCAUUCCGCCGGUGGAAUAUGCGGAGUUGGACAAAUGCUACUGAAUGGUAACACAAUUGUAAUAAGAUCUAAAUUUUCUGCCUCGCAAUACUGGUCAGACUGUGUAAAGUAUAAGUGUACAGUUGCCCAGUACAUUGGAGAAAUAUGUCGUUAUCUUUUGAGUCAACCAGUACGACCUACGGAUAAACAGCAUCACGUAUGGCUUGCGUUCGGCAAUGGUUUACGACAAAAACUAUGGCCAGAAUUUCAAGAACGUUUUAAUGUGAAACAAAUUGGUGAAUUUUACGGGGCUACUGAGUCAAAUGCUAAUAUUGCUAAUAUGGAUAAUAAAUGUGGUGCAGUCGGUUAUGUUUCAAGAAUAAUUGAUGGUAUUUAUCCAGUGUAUAUCAUUAAAAUUGAUCCGAUAACCGAAGAACCGAUUAGAGAUCCAAACACUGGUUUAUGUAUAUUAUGUGGAAAUAACGAAGUGGGUCAAUUGGUUGCACGUAUCAGUUCACGUAAUCCUUCUCGUAUGUUCGAUGGUUAUGUUAGUCGUCAGGAGUCAGAGAGAAAAGUUAUUCGCAAUGUUUUACGUAAAGGCGAUAUGUGGUUUGCUUCUGGUGAUUUGAUGUGUUGUGAUGAGUAUGGCUAUAUUUACUUUAUUGAUCGACUGGGUGAUACAUAUAGAUGGCGUGGUGAGAAUGUGUCCACAGCUGAAGUUGAACGUAUUCUAGAUCAAGCUGUUGGAUCAUUGACUACCACUGUAUACGGAGUAUGCAUUCCUGGGACAGAAGGUAAAGCUGGUAUGGCGGCUAUUGCAUUAGAAGAGUUGAAACUUAGUCCUGAUGAGGAAGAAAAUUUAAUUAGUCGAAUACAUAAAGAAUUCACAGAACACUUACCGCCUUAUGCACGUCCUAUAUUUUUACGGUUGUGUCAACGUCUGGAAAUGACUGGUACAUUUAAGAUUCGUAAACAGGAAGUCAGUCGACUCGGUUUUGAUCCGUGCAUUAAUCCAGGUGAUCAUGUCUACUUUUUAAAUCCACAAACAAAACUUUAUCAACGAUUGAAUCAACAAUUGUUUGAAGAUAUUAAUCAUGGUAAAUUUAUGCUUUAAAAAGCAAGAAUAAAUUCCAUUUGUACACAAACAUACACUCCCAAAUUUUGUUUAUUAAUUUUUCAACUUGUAAGUAUAUAUAUAUUCACAUUUCGCACUAUAUAUCAGAGAUAAGCAUAUUUUAUAUUCGAGUGAGUGUGUUACCUAAUUCAUAUUUACUAUUGUGCCAAUUAAUGCCUUUCCAUUGAUAUUUACUAUCUUGAUACAAAUGUAAAAUAUUAGAUUGAUUCUUAUUCUUCACUUUCGUAUUUGUGUUUCGCCGUUUUUGAUUACACGUGUUUUUGUUUUACACGAAUAAUUCCUACUCUCAAUCAUGUUGGCUGCGCUUGUUCUCUCCGCGUUUGUUCUUCUUUUGCUCCAGUCUACUUUGUGCUUUCUUUCUUUUUUUUUGAAUAAUGGAUAGUAGUAGCACCAGUAAAUUGAGCUGUGGUUGUGCUUAUGUUUCGUUUGCUUAUUUCAUGUCUUACUUCUCGUCGUCUGUUGUACUCUUCUGAAUAAAACAAAACAAAAAAGAAUAGCAGCAAAAUUAAUGCAUACAUUCGUAUACAAUACAAAUUUGAUGGAAUAAUAAUAAUUGAUUAGAUGAAUAAUUAAAAAAAAUAGUCUUUCUUGAAUAUUUAUACUACUUAAUUGUAAAUUUAUUCAGUAUUCCAAAGUUUUACAACAAUUAGAUUAAAUUAUCCAGGGUUAAUUAGUAAGUCUUUAAAUUGGGCAAAAGGGGAGACGAGAAGCCUUCGACUUUAUUUUGUUUUGCAGGCAUAUACGCACACACAUGUGUUUGUUUAUUGUCAGCAUAUAGAUAAUUGCCAGCAUUGUUAUUGUGAUUGUUAUUACUAUUAUUAUUAUUCUUGUUAUUGUUGACAAAAUCACCCACUAUUUAUUUUUGUAUGUCACUUGAUGAUGAUGAUUACUGAUCAGUAUUCGAUUUAAUUUCAUUGUAUAUUUCUUUCUUUACAAUACUACACCCUUCAAGGUGUACACUUUCUCUAUGGCGUUUCUUUUCUUUUCCCCCUCCCCCCUCUCUCUUUCUCUCUUAUGAAGCUUAAUCGUCAGUAGUAGAGAAGUUUUUGUUAACUUAAUUUUAUUGUGUAUUUUGCGUGUGAUUUAAACAAAUAAAUGGAAAUUAUAAAAUAAAGAUUGCAAAUAAGAAGAAUAAAUCGUUUGUUAUUAUGCUUCUGUUUUAAUAUUGGAUGCAUCUUCUUCUUCU